CCAAUGUCAGCUGGGAUAGGCUCCAGCCCCCCACGACCCCCAGCAGGAUAAGCGGUUACGGAAAAUGAAUGAAUGAAUACAUAAGAAAGGUUUUUAUGUGAAGUCAAAUGAAAUUAUUUGAUAAUAUUUUAACUUUGGAGCUCCCUUUUCCAACACAUUCUCACUCCAACCAUGUCACGUAUCUACAUUGGGUCAUGGACUUUCCACCUCCAGAGAUGACGUGCAAGGUACCCUGGGUGCAUUGGUGGUCGAUGUUCUGGGACACCGAGUCAAGUUUUGCCUGUUACAUAUAUUGUCUUCUUUCAAAAUAAACGCAUGACGUAGGUAUAACACCGCAAACUGACGUUUUUUUCCUUCAGCAACUUAGGCACGUGGACGUGUUUAGGCAACAGAAACACGUGGCUAGGUUUUGGCUACAAAGGCACAUGGUUAGGUUUCGGAAAAACAGAACAGGGCCACAGCAAGGCCUUCACAAAAAACAAAAAAACAUGAUUACGCCUUGACAAAAGGGCAUUUUGGACAUCAAGGGGCAAAGGGACAAGUGCUCGAGCUCGUGCCUGCACCUGAGUCCCAUGCAUGCCUUUUUUAAAUCCUGUCUCUACACUGCCUUAAGUUAACAACAGUCGCAUUGAUGCUGAAAACCUGUGUAGGCCUUCUUUUUUCCUUAGUGAGAACAGAGUGACCUGCUGGAGAACACUCACCAGAAAUAAAUGUCCUCACUCUGAUAAACAAGAUGAUGCUGACACUAAAACAUGGCGACUUGCAGUUGAGGUCCUCAGACUCUAGUUAUGACCUGAAAAAUGUGAUGUCCUGAGGUGUUCUUUUUUUUUCAAUUUGGGAAUUAGCUGAGCUCUCUUUGCCGAAAUGCCAUUCAUUCACUCUCUGUGUGAAACCUACAGAGGACUGAGAAGUGUUAGAAGUGCGCUCCAGGAAAGUGAUCCACUUAUUUAUAGGCCUUUAAUUAGACUGGCUCUCUGGAGGUUCCACCAGGCAAAUGAUGAAAUCUCCCCCUCUUUCUGUGCGUCUCUUCUGUCAGCCUGCUCUCCCCUCCCCCGGCAACUCUGUAUCAGUACUCGAUCCCUCGCUGGCCCCCUCCAUCACCACACCCUGCACUCAAGUUGUGAUGCAGUUCACGGGUAGCGUACUUUUGCCCUACAUUGCCACUGGGGCUCCACCAAAGGGUUUCAUUUGAGCCCAGAGCUUAGUGUGGAUUAAACAUCAGCUGAACGCAGGACUUCUUCCCGAUGAAUGUGAUGGCAGAGUGUGAGGCUGAAGUUGAACUACCUCAGAGGCGUCUUGGCGUCAAGGAACAGCCAAAUGGAGAGCUGGCAGACUCAGAGCUGUCUGUGGAUGAGAGGGAACAGAGGGACAGUGAGGAGCAUGACAAUCUGGUAUUAUGGAAGAAACCUCUGCUCACACUCCACUUCUUCACUCUGGAACUGCUCAUCACUCUUAAGGAGUGGCUUUGGAGGCUCUGGCAGCAAAGACAGACAGUGUUUGGCCUGCUGAUCCUGCUUAUCCUCCUCUCCAUUGCCUACUGUAUUGAAGGAACACACCAGAAGUAUGUGCGCUACAUGGAGAAGAAGACGCUGUGGUGCGCCUACUGGGUCGGCCUGGGCAUCCUCUCCUCGGUGGGUCUUGGCACUGGCCUGCACACCUUCCUCCUUUACCUGGGACCACACAUAGCAUCAGUGACCUUGGCAGCCUAUGAAUGUGGCUCAGUGGAUUUCCCCGAACCUCCCUAUCCAGACCAAAUAGUCUGUCCCCAGCAGAGCGCACCAGCAACAAGCUCUGAUGCAGAGCAGGUGGGCGUGGAGGCCGCAGGGGCGGACGGGUUGGUGGAGUCAGCUGUCAUCCAAGGAAUCAUCUCUCUGUGGACCAUCAUGUCCAAAGUCCGCCUGGAAGCUUGCAUGUGGGGCGCAGGCACAGCCAUAGGAGAACUUCCUCCUUACUUCAUGGCCCGAGCGGCACGUCUGUCCGGCACCGACCCCGACGACGAGGACUACCAGAGGUUCGAGGAGAUUCUGGACCAGGGCGAGUCCGCACAGGACUUUGCCACCCGGGCAAAAGUAGCCGUGCAGAAACUCAUCCACAGGGUCGGAUUCUUUGGGAUUUUAGCCUGCGCUUCUAUUCCAAAUCCCUUGUUUGACCUGGCAGGAAUAACAUGCGGACAUUUUUUGGUUCCCUUCUGGACUUUUUUUGGUGCAACACUCAUUGGGAAAGCAGUCAUCAAAAUGCACAUUCAGAAACUGUUUGUGAUCGUCACCUUCAGCAGGCACAUAGUGGAGCAGAUGGUCUCCCUCAUCGGAGCUGUUCCACUGCUGGGUGCGGCACUGCAGAAGCCCUUCAGGGAGUACUUGGAGGCCCAGAGGGCCAAGCUGCACCAUCACGCCGGAGAGGGGAUCCCGACUGUAAGUACAGGGGGGCCUCACAGCUUCUAUUCAUUCACGUGUGCGCGCCAAGAAAAGAAUGCAGCCCCCUUACUUUUGCCUCUUUCACUCCUUCUCCCUCCACUUUUUUUGUGUGUGUGCGUGUGUGUGUGUCCCUUUCUUCUCUUUAUCCAACCCCACCUUUUAUAUCUCUGACCCCAUUUUCUCUCACCCUCUUUACCCUCAGCUCAUUUUUUUUUCCCUUUAAACUUAAUUUCAUGUUUAUAACCUGUAGUGUUAGAGUAGAUUACAGAGGCUUGUUUAGGGCCAGAAUGACAGAGUAGGUUAGCGCUGCACUGGGCGGGCUGGAGGGGAGGGAGGAGAAAGAGGGGAGGAGGGGGAGGAGGAGAAGGAGGAGGAGGGGGAGGAGAGGGGCCAGUGUGGGGUCUGGCUCCACUCGCUGUAUUGAACUGUACUACUGUAGCGCGGGGCGUGCUGACUCAUGCUCCAUCUUACCAAUUGGGAGUGUGUGUGUGAGUGUGGUCACUCCCCUACGUGUCACACACACACACACACUUGCACUCGGUGCCCCGCCUGAACCCAGCACUGACUGUAGACCGGGGCGGGGGCCCCCCCCCCCCUCCUCCGCCAGUGACAAUCCAUCAAAACCCCCCUGUCUAGAACAAAAAGAGCCAGUUGUAGCCUAUUUCUCUUUCAAAGCUUUCCCCCUCUCCUUCCCUCUUUCUCUCUCUUAAGUGAUUCAUUGAAAUUUUUCUGUUUUUUAUGCGCUUACGAGGAAGGAGGAGGAAAAAAAAGGAUAAACUUUGAGUUGCACAAGGACAGAUUAAGGCAUUUCUAGAACAAUGUUCCUUUUUUCUUGUAACUUGAGCCUCCUGCAGUUACAGGAGAGAAGCGAGAGGCAAUUUAACUUGGUGGAGGCAGGCUGCAGGCUGGGGUCAGUGGGGGCGUUUAGGAGGGAGGACGGCGGGGGCUGCCGCGUGUUUUAUUACCCCUGAUCUCUAUCUGUCCUGCACAUGGAGCUGGAUCCCCACCUAGCCUACAGCAUCAGGAGCAGAGGGGAGAGCAGGGUGUGGGGUGAAGGGGGUGAAGGGAGGGGGGGUGGGGGNG